CCCCCCCCCCCCCCCCCUCUCCCACUCUCCUCUGCCCUCGCGCACACGCGCACCCACACCCACACCCACACAUCCCAUCCAUGUCUACCUCCUCGCGGCAGAGCUCCCCGGCACCGGCUUCGCCGGUCAGCACCCAGAGCAGCUUGCAAUUGGAGCCGGGUGCCACCGCCUCGCCGACCUCCUCCACAGCAAGCAGUGGCAGCAUCGCCGGGCACUCGCCUCCCUCGGCCUCGAUCUAUCCCGCCAUGUCCGAGAGCAUGCCGGCCCUGGUGUCGGUCUCGACGCCGAACCUGGCCCCGGCCUCCCAGCGGGUAUCCUUCAGCAGCCUGGGCAUCGAGCUGCCCGGGGAGACCGCCAGCGGGUCGGCCUCUUCGCCGGCCCUCGCGCCGCUGACCAUCCCCUCGCCGUCGACCAGUGGCGGAGGCAACAGCCCCCGGUCGGCGCCAGCCGGCCAGCCGCCGGUGCCCUGCCGCCAUGCGCUGUCCAUCUCGGUGGAGGUCAUCGAGGCCAAAGAUCUCAAGGAGCGCUAUGACACAUACUGCACCAUCACCGUCAACCAGGAGGAGAAGUUCCGCACCAAGUCCCAGCUCCUCACCCAUGAGCCGGAGUUCAAUGAGCAGUUCUAUGUUCCGCUGGAGGUGGACUUCCGCGCGCUGGAUGUUGUUCUUUGGGACGAGAAGCGCCUCAUCUCCGACCGGGCCCUCGGCCGGGUGUCCUUCACCAAGGACUUCCUCCGCAUGCGCUCCGGCAAGAUGCUCGAGCAGUGGUAUCCCCUCAGCUCGCCCGGCUCCGACAGCGUGGUGUCCGGUGAUGUGAAGCUCGAGAUGGGUCUCAUCCCGGGUGCCCAGCCGGGCGGCAACCACCGGCUGAUUGUGAGCGUGUCCGAGGCGCGCGACCUGCUGGGCCGCGACUCGGCCACUCCCCCGGACACCUAUGUCACGCUGCACAUGUUCCCCGACGAGCAGAUGGCCCUGCCCACCCGGGCCACGCGUGUCUUCCUCCGGUCAUCGGCCCCCAAGUUCCAGCAGACCUUCGAGUUUGAGUUCGCCGGCGAUGUGGGCACCCACUCGCUGCAUGUGGCCCUGUGGGACCAUGCGCGCUACCCGGGCAACGACUUCAUGGGACACUUCUCCGUAUCCAUGGCCGAUCUGCCGGAAAACUGGACCAUCAGCGAAUGGUUCCCACUGCUGCCCCCGCCGUCGGGGCUGCUGCAGUCCCUUGGCAUCAAGGCGGAGGAUGGCCGGCCGCUGUCCUUCAUCCCGCGCUUCCGGCGGAACCGCUCGAGCACCGGCGGCCUGUCGGAGCUUCUGUCCCGGCCGCGGACCUUUAUUGAGUCCUUCCAGAAGGCCCCCCUGGACCAGGGGCCCAUGGCCCUGGCCGCCAUGCGCGGGUCCAUUCGUUUGCGCGUGAGCUACUCCGAGGAGUACAUCCUCGAGCGGAGCCAUUACCUGCCGCUGGUGCGGCACAUUUCCCGGCGGGACUUCCUCCUGUCGGCCAUGCUCGGCCGGUGGUCGGCCGCCCGUGAAAGCCUGUCUCUGACGCUGAUGCGAGUGUUCGAUGAGAAUGGCAUCCUGGUGCCCUUCCUCCACUCGAUGAUUCGCGUGGAGCUGGCCCAGACCACCGACGUGAACACCCUCUUCCGUGCCAACUCUCUGGCCAGCAAGGGCAUCGACGUUUUCAUGAAGGCAUCUGGCCAUGCGUUCCUGGUCAAUACCAUCGGCCAGCCGGUGCGGGAUCUCAUCCUGUCCAAGAAGUCCUUCGAGGUCGACCCCAUGCGUCUUGCCAAGGGCGAGGAUAUCGACAAGAACUGGAAGAACAUCGAGCACUUCCUGGGUAUCAUCAUCAAGGCGAUCAUCAACUCGGUGAAGCACUGCCCACCGGCUUUCAGCUUGAUUUUCAGCUUCAUCCAGGCUGAGGUGAUCGCUCGGUUCCCAGACAGCACGGCGGCCCGGUACACAUCCAUUUCGGGGUUCUUCUUCCUGCGAUUCUUCUGCCCGGCCAUCUUGGGCCCGAAGCUCUUCGGACUGUGGGACGAGGCCAUCGACCCGCGCCAGGCCCGCGGUCUGACCCUUAUUGCCAAAAUCAUCCAGAGCAUGGCCAAUCUGGUGGAGUUCGGCAACAAGGAGGCCUUCAUGACGCCCAUCAACGAUGUGAUUUACCAGUACAUCCCCUCCAUCAAGGAGCUGCUCGAUGAGAUCUCCUCCCCCCUUCCGGAGUUCCAUGUCAGUAAGCUCCCCAAGCGCAUGAUCUCUUGGGAUGUGCCGAACCCCCUCUUCUCCGACCACUCGGACUAUGAGCGCCAGUGCUUCCGGCUGUUCACCUAUCUGGAAACCGAAAGCAAGAAGGUUUCCCAGCACCUGGACCCCUCGGAGUAUGCGCUGUUCGACGAGCUGCAGGACAUGCUGGACGACUUGCGCGAGAAGCACCGGUCUUGCGAGGACUUCUUCAAGGCCCGGACCAAUCGCUACUCCAUGUCCAGCCCGUUGAGCUCCACCUCGCUGAACCUGUCCUCCGAGCUGUCCAGCAAGAACCCCUUCUCCAGCGGCCUGCGCCUGUCGCGCCUGUCGGCCGGGUCUCUGGGGGCCUCUUCCCCGGGGUCGGUCUCCUCGUCCUCUCCCUCGCCGCACUCGGCGCCGAUGGUCCCCUCGCCGCUAAGCACCGGUGCCCAUACCCCGCGAUCCGACGACCCGCAUGAGCUUGAGUGGGCCUUCAGCCAGUCGGCCGGCAGCUCGCCCAAGCACCGGACCUCGAUCCUGGUCCCCAUCGGGUCGCCCUCGGCCAUGGCCGCGGCUGCGGGCGUGGCCAAUGCCGUCGCCGAGACCCCGGUCCUGGCCGCCAGCCUCACCUCGACGAGUGAUGUUUCAACCACCCCUCUGGUGGGAGACAUUGCCCUGGCCUGUGAGGAGGAGGUUCCGUCGGGCGAUCUGCCCACCCUGCCGGACGCGGUGGUUGAUGACCCGGCCCCGCCGGUGCCCGUGGAGUCCACCGAUGCCGAGGCAUCGCCAGCCACCGACAAGCAGGCCGACUCGCCAUCUGGCGCGCCGACCGAGCCGCAAUCCCCGGUGCUGGACACCACUCCGGGCGACUUCCACAAGGCCAGGGAGGUCUUCCUGGCCGCCGAGGAGUCAUACAUCCCGGCGCCAAGUGCCCAGUUCGCCGUGGCCCAGCCGAACUUCCUCACCGCCGACAAGACCAUUGCCAUGGAGGAUUCGGUUGUCCUCACUGGGGUUUUGUCCACGCCGACGAUUGUCCGCUCCCCGGCGCCGAUGCCGACACCAGUGGUGGCCAUGGACCUGCCGGUGGCCUCCUCGGUCCCGGCUGCGGCGGCCCCCUUGGAAGAGAUUGUCAUGCCGGCCCUGCCGGCCAGCCUGACAGCCGCCACCGGGCCCACGAUCACGCCCUCUGCCUCCACGGUGACCACCUUCAUCAUGCCGCUGCGUGCGGAUCUCGCGGAGCCGGUGCCGGUGGCCCCCUACUCGGAUGCCGGGCCGCCGAUGUCCACGUACAUUGCCCAGGCCAAUACGCUGACCGUGUCGGUCAGCCCGAUGCCCGAGCCGCUGGUGAUGCAGGAGGUGGUGGUCGGCUCGCCGCCGGCACCGGUGGCCACCGACGAGUUCGGCCUGCCCGUGGACUUCCUGGAUCAGCUGGACGCGGCCCCGGCCUCGGCCCCGGCCCCGGCCCCGGCCAGCUCGGACUGGGCCGCCACCAAUCCCGCUUUGGCGGCUCUGCUCCUUGCCACUCAGCACGCGUCCAGCCAUGCGGGCAGCCUGGCGGCCGGGCUCGGCCGCGGCUCGACGGCCGCCGGUCCGACCGGGUCGGUCAGUUCGCCGCACACGGCGGCCACGCCCCUCUCGCCGGUGGACGAUUUGGACAGCCUGCUGCAGGAGCUCGAGGCGUCGGGCUCCGGCUCGGGAACCGGCUCGAUCGGGUCGGUCGCAUCGCCGGGGGGCGCUCUCGUCGCCACGCCGGCCGCCGGUCAGCAGCAUCCUCACCAGCCGUCUGGCACUUCGUCGAGCUCCCUGCAGCCGGUGUUCGCCAACAACGACCCCACGCAGCCGGUGCUCCAGUGUGCUGCCUGUGCCUAUCACAUCGAGCUGGAGGAGGAGUACCUCAGCUGGGGCGGCUUCGUUUGGCACACGGACCACUUCACCUGCUCGCACUGUGACUGCUCGCUCACCGGCAGCCGCUUCUACUUCCACAACCGGCAGCUCUACUGCUCGACGCACUUCGAGGCGCUCUUCAGCUGUGGCAAGUGUGGCGACCCUGUGUCGACGGAUGUCGUCGAGGCUCUUGGCAAGAAGUGGCACGCGAACUGCUUCUGCUGCACGGAUUGUGGCAUGGUCCUGUCAUCGAACUUCAUGGCCGACGAGCACCGGAUGCCCUAUUGCCGCAACCACUUCCUGCAGUCGCGCGGCAUGAUUUGCCGUGUGUGCACGCAGCUGGUGUCCAGCGACUUCGUUCGCAUCGAUGGCGCCUACCUUCACACCAGCUGCUUCACUUGCCAGGAAUGUGCCUCCUGCCUCUCCGGGAAGGCAUAUCUCCGGGUCGGCGACAGCACAUACAUGUGCGCGGACCAUUAUGUGUGCUUCUCAUGCAAGCAUCCCAUCUCCGACGGACAGGCCGUCUCGGCACUUGGGAAAAAGUUCCACGUCGAUCACUUCAACUGCACUUCCUGCGGGAACACGCUGAUCGAUCAGCAGCUGUAUGAGCGCGGUGGCAUUCCACUAUGCUACUCCUGCUUCUAGUCAUUUUUGUUAUACCUCAGCGAUGUUACUCCCCUCCGAUCAUCGGGGGACGGGCACGCCUCCGCGCGCUGCCCGCGUGACCCUACACGCCCUGUGAGACUUCCCCGCUGUUAGUUGCCCUUGUGUGUUAAUAAUGUAGCUGAAAUUGCUUCCACAAA